CUCCCUGCUCCGUCUCACUUCAAUCUACAGGUAAAAUGUCUAAAACAGUGAGGGCGUGUACUAAUUGUGUUCGGGCCAAGGCAAAAUGUCUCCCUAAUCAUAAUGGCUGCGAGAGAUGCCUCCGUCUUCAUAAAACAUGCACCCCCUCCCCCCCCCUGCGAAGACAACAGCCGAUAUCGCGUCUCUCUGUUGGCCAUGUGCAUGCUCUGGAGGCGAAACUGGACAGUCUGGCGUCUUUACUGUCGCAGUGUCAACCACAGCUGCAAUCCCCUGCCGAGACACUCCCUGAAUGCCCUGAACCAUCACCACUCUCACCAGCGACCGACGAUGAGCUGACCCUGACGCUCUUCCAACGGCACUUUCUCCCCUUCCUCCCCUUGGUGGUACUGGACACGACUGCCGCUCAGCUCCAGCAGGACAAGCCGUUGUUAUGGGCGGCGAUCGCCGCUGUGGCAACGCCGUGUGCGAGCCGCCAGAGGCAAUUAUCGCUCCAGAUGCGCCAUAUCGUUGCGCGCGAGGCGUUUGUCAAGGGGACCUGCAGUCUGGACUUUUUGUUGGCUCUGAUGGUAUAUGCUGUGUGGGACCGCCAUCGAGAACACAAGGAGGCGCUUGCGACCAACCUGAUCCAACAGGCCGUGGCCAUUGUGUACGAGCUCGGUCUGCAUGAACCGCCGCCCAAGGAUCCCGCCGUGAGGCUGGCCUACGACGUCAAAUGUAUUCUGCAGCCCGUGCGACUGACGCGACGCGAGACCGUCGAGGAGAGACGGGCGUUGCUGGCCUGCUAUACUUUGUCGUCUCUUCCCUGGACGGCGUAUCUGGAUGAAUGCGUGUCGACUCUAGAAGCCCACAAGGAAGCAGACGAUCUUCUGCUCUGCCAACUGGCCAAACUGCGGCUCAUCGUCGACACGGCCAACACAGCAUACUGCCACGCCUAUGAUCCCUCGCAUCAGGAAUCCGCCUUGCUGCAUCUCCACUCGCUGACGCACCGUCUCGGCUCAUUCAAAGCAGGGAUUCCUCCCUCGCUGGCCCAGAACAAACUGCUCCGUCUGCAACGGCACCAUACAGAAAUGGUUGUCCACGACAUCGGGCUGCGCGACUCGCUCUUCACGGGUCCCAGCCAGGCCCGUGUGGAUUGUCUGCAGGCCGAUCUUGCCGCUGCACGCAACUGGGUCGACGUGUUUCUCACCCUCCAGCCGUGUGAUUACUAUGGCCUCCCCUUUUCAGUCUUCACACAGAUGAACCGGUGGCUGGUUGUCGCCCUCAGAUUGAACACCUGCGACUGUCCAGGCUGGGACAUGAAUCUGUUCCGCGAACAGGUCGAUGUGCCGGCCGCCUUCAACGCCGUCGUGAACCACUUUUCUCGGGUGCGCGACGAGGUGCCGCUCGACACGACGCUGGAGGCGGACGUGUUCAGUCUGAUUGCGGCAAAGAUAGAGGCCCGAAAGGAGGCGUUGGAGGCGCGGUUGGGCUAUCUGCCUUCAUUCUGGGAUCUGCAGUUUGACGAGCUCGUGGGGAUAGACUACAAUAUGUUGCUAUAGCCGCUCUGCAGCCAACCACUAAUGUCGAUUGAUAUGAUAGUCAUAUCGAUUGAUAUUAUAGUUACUCUAAAGAAUAUAUAGUAUACAAGUAGAAUCUAUAACUCUCUU